UUUCCGCGUUCUCUGUGGCUGUGGAGGACCCAGGCGCUGCUGCAGACCCCCGAGUUCCCCCCCGCAACCCCCGGUGCCGCCAACCCUCGCAGCCCCGCCCCGGAGCGGCAGCGGGGGUGAGCCCGCCCACUAGCCCAGCGAAUCUCCCCAGAUCUUGUCCUGUGUGAGCCCCUCGGCUUGGGGCUGAAGGAUGAACUCUAAGUAUGUGCUACUGGGGUGCCUCUACUUCGUCCAAGGGACGCCAUAUGGGCUACAGUCCGGCCUGCUGCCCAUCUAUCUCCGCAGUGUGGGCCUUUCCUUCACCAAGAUCAGCUUGGCCAAAAUGCUCUACCUGCCCUGGGUCCUCAAGAUGCUGUGGGCUCCUUUAGUGGAUCAGUACCACACCAAGCAAACCUGGCUGGUGCUCAGCAUGUUUGGACUAGUGCUGGCCUGCCUAGCAUGUGCCACUAUGUCGCCAGAGACCAACUUCCUGCCCGUCGCUGUCAUGCUGCUGCUCAUGAACUUCUUUGCUUCUGUCCAGGACAUUGCGGUGGACGGAGUAGCCGUUCGGCUCCUGAGACAGGACGAGAUUGGGUACGGAAACACCAUCCAAGUGGUGGCAUACAAACUGGGUUCUGUGCUGGCGGGAGGAGGCCUCCUGACCUUGAUGCACCUGUUGGGCUGGGGGGUUCUCUUCUUGCUUCUGGCCAUCAUUUAUCUUCUGGCCAUACUGUAUGUGUGGAGUGCUCCGGUACUGCAGCUCACGCUGGGACGGCCUUCCCAGGAUGGCCAGCCCCGGGCAAGAACCUUCAACCCUUGGAGAAUUCUCCAGGAGCUUUUCCAUGUGCGGGGCACCCUUUGGACCGCUGGCUUUGUCCUCCUCUACAAGCUUGGUGAGCAAGGCGCCACCACCAUGUUCCCACUCUUCCUGCUGGACCAUGGAUUCUCCACACAGCAACUUGGCUUCUGGAACGGGGUGGUAGCCAUGGUCUUCUCCAUCACAGGUUCCUCGCUGGGUGGCCAGCUGAUGUCCAAGCAGAGGUGGCCACUGUCUCUGCUGAAGGCUCUGUUACUGCUCCGCUUCUGCAGCCUGAACUUGCAGACCUUUUUGGUCUUCAUCUACGAUGAUGGAGUCUCUCUCUUCAAAGGGGCUGCGAUCCUGAGUAUCUGUGUCCAGCACUUCAUUGGAGGGCUGAUCACCACCCUGGUUUUCAGCACCAUGAUGCAGUGCACACAGAGGGCUGAUGGCAGCAUACAGGCCACUCAUUACAGUUUCCUGGCCACCCUGGAAGUGCUGGGCAAGCUGGCAUUCAGCACCUUUGUCGGGAGCAUCGUGGACUGGCUGGGCUUUGCAUCCAGCUUCUGCUUCUUCCUCUUCCUCUCCUUCAUCUCUGUGCUCUACGUCUUGAAUAUGCCUUCUGGCGUGAGCUAAGGAGACAUGCCCGGCCUCUCCAGGGAUUCACUGUGGGUGGGCUGUGGGCCAGGCUUAAGGGAUGGACGGCUGAGAAUCUCCCUGGCUGGACUUGCAGAGGCCUUGAGCAGGCGUAUUAAUUUGCACUCCUGGUGGACAUUGGAGGAGCCCAAAAAUGCCUGUGAAAAUGAAACAUCACAGGACCAAAUCCUAAGACACUGAGCGCCUGCACCUCCUGCUGGAGCCCUCAGGAAUUGCAGGGGCUCAGCCUUUCCCUAUGAGUGUCUCGGCAGCUAUAACCAACUUCUAAGUAAGAUCUCCUCUCCCACCCCCGGUAUGGCCUACACUCCUGGCUUUCACCAGAGCUGCCUUAGGGAGCCAGGGUCCUGCGCUUACACUCCAGCCUCUAGGAUCUGAAAUUAAAAUGUUUGU